ACGAUUUCUUGAGCGUUUAGCCGUGGUUUCCACCGACGGCAGGGUUUGGGGUGGGAGUUAUCUUGCCAUUCCCUUUCGGGCUGGAUAUUUGGUCGUGGCUGUGACAGCGCAGUGGGCGGGAUUUUACCUCAGAUCAGCGGAGAGAGUCUAGUCUUUGGUGAGACUGAAGGGGAGUUAAAGGCAGAAAGGCGCAGGGGUGGCUCUCCACAGAACAGAAUCUGCAUGCGAGGUGAGCUUCUGCUCUGUGGGUCACCAUGAACAACUAGGAACUCGGCUCUCCAUGGGAAAUAAUGGCUUGUUUUUUAAUAUCCCUAUCCCACCACCUGGCAUGUGACUCCAGCUGCCUUUGAAGGCCCCUGUCAGCUGUUUAUGGGAACCAUCACCGCAUUUGCACUCUUGAGGAUUUAAGCAUUUUUUUUAGGACGAAGCUUGUCCUUUUUUUUACUCCCACUGUUGAGUCAAAGCAGCAGCGCUUUGCAAAAAGCUUGGGUGGCAGUGAGACAAUGGCAAACAACUCUUAUAGUGGAGUGAAGAACUCCACGAUGGAGGCGAACCACAAUGGAGAGUUUAACUGCACGCUCAAAGACCUGCGCUCCCUAAUGGAACUGAGAGGCACUGAGGGAAUAACCAGAAUUGAGGAGUCUUAUAGGGAUAUUCAAGGACUUUGCAACAGAUUAAAAACAUCACCCGUAGAUGGUCUAAGUGGACAACCAGCUGACAUUGAGAAGCGGAAAACAGUGUUUGGGCAAAAUUUGAUCCCACCCAAAAAGCCCAAAACUUUCUUACAAUUGGUGUGGGAAGCAUUACAAGAUGUCACGCUAAUUAUUCUCGAAGUGGCUGCUGUAAUUUCACUAGGCCUUUCUUUUUAUCAUCCACCAGAUGCCCAAAGAGAACACUGUGGAAAGGCUGCUGGUGGCGUAGAGGAUGAAAAUGAGUCAGAAGCAGGCUGGAUCGAGGGUGCUGCCAUUCUUCUGUCAGUUAUUUGUGUCGUACUGGUGACGGCAUUCAAUGACUGGAGUAAAGAGAAACAGUUUAGGGGCCUCCAGAACCGCAUCGAGCAGGAACAGAAAUUUACUGUUGUUCGUGGAGGACAAGUUAUUCAAAUUCCUGUUGCUGAGAUUGUGGUUGGCGAUGUUGCACAAAUAAAGUACGGUGACCUCUUACCUGCUGAUGGGAUCCUUUUACAAGGCAACGAUCUAAAGAUUGAUGAGAGCUCGCUCACAGGCGAAUCCGAUCAUGUCAAGAAAACACUAGAAAAAGAUCCCAUGCUGUUAUCAGGCACUCAUGUAAUGGAAGGCUCAGGAAAAAUGCUGGUCACUGCUGUGGGUGUCAACUCACAAACUGGAAUUAUUUUCACUUUACUCGGAAGUGGCGAAGAUGAUGAUGACGACGAAGAAGAAAAGAAAAAGGAGAAAGAGGAGAAGAAAAAGCAGAGAAAAAACAAGAAGCAGGAUGGAUCUGUGGAAAAUCGUAAAAAAGCUAAAGCACAGGAUGGUGCUGCAAUGGAAAUGCAGCCUCUGAACAGUGACGAGGGAGCUGAGGCAGAGGAGAAGAAGAAAGCCAACCUGCCAAAGAAAGAAAAGUCUGUUCUUCAAGGCAAACUGACCAAACUAGCGGUGCAGAUAGGAAAAGCAGGAUUGGUCGCGUCUGCCAUCACCGUAAUUAUCCUGGUGGUCCGGUUUGUAAUAGACACCUUUUGGGUCCAGAAUCUGCCCUGGAUCAAAGAGUGCACACCUGUUUACAUUCAGUUCUUUGUGAAAUUCUUCAUCAUUGGCGUCACAGUUCUUGUGGUGGCUGUUCCCGAGGGCUUGCCGCUAGCUGUAACAAUCUCCUUGGCGUAUUCUGUCAAGAAAAUGAUGAACGAUAACAACCUUGUUCGUCAUUUGGAUGCCUGUGAAACCAUGGGAAAUGCUACAGCUAUCUGCUCCGACAAAACUGGUACUCUCACCAUGAACCGCAUGACUGUGGUACAAGCCUACAUUGGUGAGAAGCAUUAUAAGAAGGUUCCUGAACCAGAAAGCAUCCCCUCCUCCUCUUUGGACAUGCUGAUUCUGGGCAUUGCAGUUAACUGCGCCUACACUACCAAGAUCAUGCCUCCAGAGAAGGAAGGGGGUCUGCCUAGUCAAGUGGGUAACAAAACCGAAUGUGCCUUGCUUGGCUUCGCUAUUGACUUGAAACGUGACUACCAGGCUAUCCGCAACGAAGUCCCCGAGGAGAAACUAUACAAAGUCUACACCUUCAACUCUGUACGCAAAUCUAUGAGCACUGUGUUGAAGAUGGCUGAUGGCAGCUACCGUAUGUUUAGCAAAGGAGCCUCAGAAAUUCUCUUAAAAAAGUGCUGUAAAAUCCUGAUAGCUAAUGGUGAGCCAAAGGUGUUCCGCCCACGGGAUAGAGACGAUAUGGUCAAAAAAGUGAUUGAGCCCAUGGCCUCUGAGGGCCUGAGGACCAUCUGCCUUGCUUACAGAGAUUUUCCCGUGUCUGAUGGUGAACCUGACUGGGACAAUGAAAAUGACAUCCUGACUGGAUUAACCUGCAUCUGUGUGGUGGGCAUUGAGGACCCCGUUAGGCCAGAGGUCCCAGAUGCCAUCAGCAAAUGCCAGCAUGCUGGGAUCACGGUACGAAUGGUGACUGGGGAUAACAUUAACACAGCUCGCGCCAUCGCCACCAAGUGCGGCAUCCUACAACCCGGAGAUGACUUCCUCUGCCUGGAGGGGAAAGAGUUCAACCGCAGGAUACGCAAUGAAAAAGGAGAGAUUGAGCAAGAGCGCAUCGACAAAAUCUGGCCCAAAUUACGAGUGCUGGCUCGGUCAUCUCCCACUGACAAACACACCUUAGUAAAAGGCAUUAUUGACAGCACCGUAGCGGAACAGAGACAAGUAGUCGCAGUAACAGGAGAUGGAACAAAUGAUGGUCCUGCUUUGAAGAAAGCUGAUGUCGGCUUUGCCAUGGGGAUUGCUGGGACGGAUGUGGCCAAAGAAGCAUCUGACAUCAUUCUUACUGAUGACAACUUUUCCAGCAUAGUCAAAGCAGUGAUGUGGGGCCGAAACGUUUACGACAGCAUCUCAAAGUUCCUUCAGUUCCAGCUGACUGUCAAUGUUGUGGCUGUCAUUGUAGCUUUUACAGGAGCCUGCAUCACACAGGACUCUCCGCUGAAAGCGGUUCAGAUGUUAUGGGUCAACCUUAUUAUGGACACGUUUGCUUCAUUAGCUCUGGCCACAGAACCCCCCACAGAAUCUCUGCUGCUGAGGAAGCCAUAUGGCCGCAACAAGCCUCUUAUAUCCCGAACCAUGAUGAAAAAUAUUCUGGGUCAUGGAGUGUACCAGCUAAUCAUCAUCUUCACCCUGCUUUUUGCUGGUGAGAGGCUGUUUGAUAUAGACAACGGCAGGAACGCACCCCUCCACGCCCCGCCUUCUGAGCACUACACAAUUGUUUUCAAUACAUUUGUAUUGAUGCAGCUUUUCAAUGAGAUCAAUGCCCGCAAGAUUCACGGAGAAAGGAAUGUCUUUGAGGGCAUUUUCAACAAUCUUAUCUUCUGUAGUAUAGUCUUUGGUACAUUUGUUAUUCAGAUAGUCAUAGUUCAGUUUGGAGGGAACCCUUUCAGCUGUGUGGCUCUGUCCAUCGAUCAGUGGUUGUGGUGCACUUUUCUAGGCUUUAGCUCACUUCUAUGGGGACAGGUUAUCUCCUCAAUACCCACCAGUCGCUUAAAAUUCCUGAAAACAGCAGGCCACGGUACCCAGAAGGAGGAGAUCCCAGACGAAGAAUUGGAAGAGCUUGAGGAUAUGGAUGAAAUUGAUCAUGCUGAGCGGGAGCUUCGUCGAGGCCAGAUCCUCUGGUUCCGAGGACUCAAUCGCAUCCAAACUCAGAUGGAUGUAGUGAGUGCGUUCCAGAGUGGAACUUCCUUUCAGGGGGCCCUAAGGCGGCAGGCCUCCAACUCCAGCCAACAACAGCACGAUGUAACCAAUGUUUCUAGCCCUACACAUAUCCGGGUGGUGAAAGCAUUCCGCAGCUCCAUCUCCCUCUAUGAGGGGCUGGAGAAACCCGAGUCGAGAUCAUCAAUUCACAACUUCAUGACCCACCCCGAGUUCCGGAUAGAGGACUCUGAGCCCCAGAUUCCCCUCAUAGAUGACACAGAUGCAGAGGACGACGCUCCCACCAAGCGCAAUUCUGCCAGCCCUCGUAACGCAACGCCCACUCCCCCUUCACCCACGCCCUCGCCCUCACCGUCGCCCUCACCCAUCACCACCGCUGUCCCCAGCACACCGGUCUCUCCCUCCCCAAACCAGAACAAUAAUGCUGUGGAGAGCAGCAACCACCUCCUUCCAGAGUGCCCCAAAUCAGGAACCCCUUCAGCCCCAGGGAGCCCGCUACACAGCCUGGAGACCUCCCUUUGAUCCAGCCCUGCUCUCCCUGUCAGCACCUCUUUUCUACCUGCCACCAAGGAGCUCCGCUCGGACUAAACGAACACUUGGAGAGACGAGACGAAGGGCUAGACUGAGAGCAGAGUCCUGUAAGAGCUUAGCAUGAGCUGGACUGAAAUAACAGCAGACAUUCAGAGGAAUGUACGGCUUGGUGCGGAUGCUUUGGUUUUUGUUUUUCUCAUUAAUACCCUGCUGCAACACAAAGACUCGGUCUUCACCCCUCCCUCCUUGGUAACAUUUGCAUUUUCUGUGUUACAAAGGGGAGAUUAUAAACUCAGAUUGAAAGUGACCUGUUUUCAGUACUCUAAUAUUAUUGCUGUUUGAAUCGAGAUGGAAGUCCUCCGUGCACGAGGGCCGUCUGUAAGAACAUGAAAGAACCUUUUAGCUUCUCUUAUCUGAAUGGUGUUGUAUAUUUAGCUCUUUGGCCCUUGCUCAUUCAAAACUUAUUUCUGCUCCAUUGGCUGUUAAUAUUUUGAGUUAUUUAUGUUUUUUGGAGAAAAAAAAGCAGGUCUGUUUACAAAGUUUGUAGAUACUUUUUUUCUGUUGGUAGGCAAAAGAGCUUCCUGAUGUAUAAUGCAGAAACCUGGGACAGAAUAUAAAUGAAUGCGUGAGCUAUUUCAGAUACUGCUGUAUUUUCAGGAAAAAAAAGGGUGUUUCUAUUGAAACUUAAAUAUUUUUGCCUGCAAGUUUUAUUUGUUAUAUAUAUAUAUAUAUAUUUGUAGAUAAAUAUAGAACCGUCUAGCCAAACUGAUGAACACAAAGGCUUGUAUAGAAAAGAGGUCCAAGGGACGAUGAGUUUUCACAGGAGACAGAGCGGGAAAGACAUUAAUGACCUCUGUCCACUAACAUUGCUAUAAAUAAUUACUACUUCCAUUUGUUCAAUAGUUAUGUGCACAAAAAACCUUCUGAACUUCUAGAUUCUCUUUUGAUUCAUUACGAUGUGUUCAAGAAUUUCCACAUGUUGAAAGGUUUAUUUUUAAAAGGGACUUUAGAAAAUACCUGGGCCUGUACUUAGCAAGCAUCUCACUUAGAAUCCAGCUGAAAGUUGGGGAGGAAACAAAUUUUUACCUCAAGUAGACACGGGGUCCUUUUUAUGAAACCUCCCACUGUUGCUUUCAUCCAGAAGAGGUUCUCCUUUUAGAUUUGUGGAACCUCAAAGUGAAAAUGUGUUUUUGUAGUUAUCAGUUACACUCAGAAGUGGCCGAUUAAAGCAGCAAAACAAACAACUUCUGAUUUUAAAGCUAAAAAAAAAGUUUUUAUAUCACUUGAGUUGGAACUGGUGCUGCUGUGAGCUGCUCAGCCUCUGAAUUGGUUUAGUUUUGCAGUCAAAUGUUCAUCAUACACACACUAAACAUGAAUGUGCCUUGGCUACAAUAAUUGAGACGAUACUGGUCCCAUCAUGAACCACCUUCAGGAAGCUCCUUACAAAUGAAGCGCACUUGUUUCUACAGCUAAAAGCAGGACCAAAUAAGCUCAUCUGGAAUGUUUUGGGUGGGGUAGGUAGGACGUAUUUCCUUCCCUUUUGGAUGCUUGAAAAAUAUGGAUCCUGGUCAUUUCAAGUUUUCUUAUUUCUCUCACAAACCAUCAGACCCCCUGCCAAUGUGCAAUACUGUCAUUUUAUUUACUCAGGCACAAAAACAAAAGGAACUCUUAAAAAAAAGAACCUCUUCAAUAUCUUCUUUGUAUGUUUAGGUAGCAAAACAUUGUUUUGGGCAAAAGGGGAAGCGAGUUAUUUUCAUAUUACAUCUUUAAGCUUUAGGGAAAAUGUAUCUCCUGAGUUAUUUUCCUGGAGACCCAGAGGGGGAAGUAGUGUUUCUUUUUUCUUCUCACAAGCUUGUAAUUAAGUCCUCACACUAUUGCUAAAUGUUUCUGCAUUUGGUUUGUUUGUAAAAUAUUUUUGAAACCUGAUGUACUGGAAACGCUAAAGAUCGGACGUGCAUAUUUUGAGAUCAGAGACUAGACAUACACUGGUAUCUAUCUGCACAGGGUACUUUACUUCAUAGUGUUCCUUGGGAGAAAAAAACAUUUUGAUACAAAUUGAAAUAAAAAUUCUACCUUUGUAUUUUUUAUGACGACACAAAUGAAAGCUUUCAUCACACUAAAGCUGUUGUGGAUAAUUUGACACCAACAUUACACGGGGAGGGUUUUGGCCACUAAAAAUGUGUUUUUGUUCUGGAAUACUCAUCUCAGGGUGUAAAUGAUGUGAAAGAACAGGCCUCUUGGUUUGUAUAGUAACAGCUAAAUUUAUGGGAUGGUGCUUGCCAACCACACAGAGUAACGCUGACGGCAUGCUGCAAACUCUUCCUGCAGCUGAAUGGCUGGCUUCACCUGAAGGGCCGUGGGAGGACGUGGAACACUUCAGUCACAAUUUAUUCUGUGUAAAUAGUUUGUUUCCCUUGUUUUACAGUUGGCAAAAUAGCAGCUAGGAUUGCCUGCAAAGUGAGAAAACUGAAGCGAUGAAAGGAGUCCAUGUGAGGAGUUUGUUCUGUAGCUUCUUCCUGUCAUGGGAAUGAAUGUUUUUCCAUCUGUUUUAUGGGUUAUUUUUUAUCUUUUAACAUUUGGAAAUAAAAGUACACCAUCUCUGUUUAUCUUGAGCAUUUUAAUGGUUAUUGUGAUUGGAUUUACAUUUGAAACUUGUUGAGUAAUGUGUAUGGUUUUUAAAAAUAAAAAAUGUAUUUAGCCUAA